AUGGGGGACUCAUUUCCAUCGCCGCCGCCGGUUGUUCGUGCCUUCCGCGAGUCCUUUGGCGACAGAAAAAUCCCAGAUAUAUCGCGAAAGAUCACUGCUUGUGUAGCCUGCAGAAAGCAAAAGUGUGGUGGCAGCUGGAAGGAGGUCAUGACCCAGAAGAUCCAGCGCUUAGAAGAAUCCAUGGACCAGGUCUUCAACAGAAUUGACGCCGCGGAAAGUCAACCCCAACGGCUGGCUCAUUCAGUUGCCACGAGUUCUCCGCCAGUACCAGCUGCAACCGUUAACGAUGCGCCAACGACGAGUUCGACAUCUUCACAACACCCACCACAGAGAUGGCAGGUUGUGAUGGAUUCUCAAGGCGGACCUGCAUCAAUUCCUGCGUCAUGCGUAUCAGAAAUACGAACCACGGCUUCAUCGGGCAAUAUGCCGGUUUCGCAGUACCCAGAUUUGAUUACGGUUGGAGUUUUAUCCCUAGGACAAGCUCUCUCGCUAUUUGACAUUUAUCACCUACGUCUUGACCAUUUUCUAUACAAGAUCCUCGGCGAUCUGACCAGCCUUGACGCCAUUCGAAAACGUUCGCCCCUUCUCACCGCUGCUAUUUGUACCGUUGGAGCGCUGCACUCGCAGUCUUUAGGCCAUCUAUACGAUCCUUGCUAUUGUGAAUAUAAAGCCUUGGCAACGGCGGUUACUUUCUCUCCUACAGCAAAUGUGGAUGAUGUUCGAGGUUUGUGUAUCGGCGCAUUCUGGCUUCACGAGCUGUCUUGGGCGCUGAUUGGAACUGCUGUAAGAAUCGCUUCCGACCUCAAGCUUCAUCAUGGUAUAUAUCGAGCUUUGAACGGCGACCGUAACGGAUAUCUGCAAGCUCGACUAUAUUACCUAGUCUACGUGUGCGAUCACCACUUUUCAGUCGCCUACGGCAGACCUCCAAUGUCUCGGGAGAGAUUAAUUGUUGACUCCGCUGCCCGAUUUCUAGAAACCGAACUUACGACUGAGGAUGACACACGAUUAAUAAGCCAAGUAAAAAUAUGGGCUAUCACCGGUCAGGUAUUUGAUACAUGUGGUGUCGAUGUCGAUACUCCGAUACCACUUCAAUGUGUUCCACAGCUCCGUCGAUAUUCUAUUGAAUUAGACAUCUGGUACGCAGACUGGAACGAAACUUUUCGGCCCAACCGAAACGUGGGCAAUUACCCGCAGAAAGGGGUUGGAAUGCAUUGGAACUUUGCAAAGCUCUACCUCUGUUCACAUGCCUUUCGUGGAGUAUCAACGGCGCAGGAAAGGAGCCGACCUUUACCGCCUGAGCUAGAAGAAAUUGCAAACACCGGCGUUCUCUCGGCCAUGUCUAUUCUUAACGUCAUUGUUUCCGAUGAUGAAAUGAGAUCUUUUCUUCACGGCCUGCCCUUGUACUUUGACACGAUGAUCGCAUUCGCUGUUGUUUUCCUGCUGAGAGUGGCCACCAGAUAUGCGAACACUAUACGCAUCGACACUGACAAGAUAUUAUUGUUAGUGAGCCAGACAGUAGCUGCGCUGAACGAAAUCACACACCAUAUGCAUCCACAACAUUUGCUGGUCGCUAUCGCCGAAGGUCUACAAAAGUUGCUAUGGAAAUGUCAAGAACAGCCUCAUGUCACUCAGGAACCGAUGCAACAGCUACCUGCUGCACUUGAAAAUUCGCCUACGGAACUUGCCUGGAUGGAAAACAUUACAAACUUUGAUUUCUUAACAAACGUGCCUAACGUAGAUGAUUGGGUGUUUCAAUACCCUGUUCCGAAUGGCGCACAUUCUACCCAUUACAAUUCAUAA